AUGAACUGCCAGAAAUAUGAUGGAACCAUUCAUCCAGAUGAAUGGAUAAAAGAUAUUCAAUCUUAUUGUAACAGUCAUUUAAAAAAAGUAACAAAUAUAAAUUAUGCAAUUUCAUUAGUAAAUGGUUCCAUCAAACUCCCGAGUGGAAUUACUAAUUUUGAAAAACUUCGUAAUGCACUUAAAGAGGAUAUUUCCUUUAAAGUAUUCAAGAAUACAAAUAAAAUGAAAUUACAGUUAUUAGAAUAUAUUCCCGAGAGAGAAGGCGGAGAAACUUCAAAAUUCAUUUCAAACUUUCGCCAAUUAUGUUAUAAUGCUGAGAUUACUGAUAUAGAAGAACAAAAGCGUUAUCUUUAUUUAUCAAUUCCAAAUGAUUAUAUUUUAAAUGAAUUAUAUAAGAAAUGGAAAAGUAUCAAAUCAACAAAUGAAUUAAUUGAAGAAUUAGGGAAUAUUUUUAUAGAUGAGUCAAAUUUGAUUAGAAAUGGAUCUAUUAUAGCUUUAAAGCAUUUUGCUACAGGGAAAUAUUUAAGUUCGAUUGAAGAUUUACAUUAUACAACCGGAUCUAAAUUUCAAUUGGUUUUUACAAAAGAUUUGUUUGAUUCGGAUGCUUUCUGGCAAAUUACAAUUUCGAAUUAUAAAGAUCUAGUUUUAUACGCCGAUAAAUUUAUAAAUUUACAACACAUAAAUUCUAAUAAAUUUCUUGGAAUGUAUCAGGGUUAUGUUAGAUCUCCAGCAACUAAGCACACCGAAGUAAAUUGUUCAGAUGAUAAAUUUCAAUGGGAAUUUAAUAAUAGUAAAUUAGAAAAUUAUCAAGGAUAUUUGAAAUCAAAUGAUAUUAUUAAUCUUAGUACAUAUAGUCAACAACAAGUAUUUUUACGUAGUCAUGAUUUUCAAUUUACAAUUGGAAAUGAUACCUUUCAAGAAGUUGCCUGUCAUAACGAAAGAUUAGGUGGAAAUGAUGAGUUUCCAAUAUCUACAGUCAUCACUCCUUCAGGUGGAUAA